AUGACGGGUCCUUCACAGGAUAAGGAUAGUAAUGUAGGAACACCGGCACCUAAACAGAAGAGUAAAGCGACGAUUGAUACUUUGAGGGUAGGAUGUAUAGCUAUGGUUCAGAAGGAUGGUGCACUUAGAAGAGCAGAAAUUCUAAGUAUAAAAGAGACGAAAAGUGGUCGUCAAUUUUAUUGCAAUUUUGACAAUUUCAAUAAACGUCUAGAUGAAUGGGUUCCAGCUAUACGAAUAGAUUUUACUCAAGAUGUUGAAUGGCCAGCUCCAGAAAAACCAAAGGAUAAAUCCAAAGCUGCUCCAGCUGGAAAGAAAACCAGCGUGGGUAAGAAGAAGAAUCAAAAACGUCCAGCGCAAGCAAGUAAAAGAGAAGAUUCCGUCAUUUCAGAAUCAGGUUCAAAUGCUCAACCUUGGUCGGAAUUUGCUGAUUCUCAAAGACAAACUCCUGAUGUUGAUGGAGAUGGAGAUGCAAAACUUACCGUGGCAUUAGAUCUUGAUGCUACUCCUGAAGCAAAUGAUCCUAUGGAUGUGGAUGAAGCGGCAGCUGAAGCAGCAAAUGCGAAGAAUGAACCCGUUCAACAUUUCAGUCGAGAAGAAGAAAUUGAAAAGUUAAGAACUGGAGGUUCCAUGACACAAAAUCAAGCCGAAAUAUCACGAAUUCGAAAUAUUUCCAAAGUUCAAUUCGGUAAAUUCGACCUUUACCCUUGGUAUUUCUCUCCUUAUCCAGAAGUCUUCACUCAAGAGGAUCUAAUGUACAUUUGUGAAUUUUGUUUAUCUUAUUACGGAGAUCUCAAAUCGUUUACUCGACAUCGUCACAAGUGUACAUUACAACAUCCUCCUGGAAAUGAAAUCUAUCGAGAUGAUUACGUUUCAUUCUUCGAAAUUGAUGGUCGUCGUCAACGAACUUGGUGUCGAAACUUAUGUCUCAUAUCGAAGAUGUUUCUCGAUCACAAAACUCUUUACUACGAUGUGGAUCCUUUCCUCUUCUAUGUCAUGUGUUCCGUAGACGAAAAGGGAUUUCAUCUCGUAGGAUAUUUUUCAAAAGAGAAAGAAAGCGCAGAUGGAUACAAUGUAGCUUGUAUCCUCACACUUCCCCAAUACCAACGUAAAGGAUACGGACGUCUCCUCAUCAAUUUCUCCUACGAACUUUCCAAAAUCGAAGGAAAACUCGGCUCUCCCGAAAAACCCCUCUCGGAUCUCGGUCUCCUCUCCUAUCGACAAUACUGGACCGAACGCAUCGUCGAGGAACUCUUAAUCCACAACGAAAGAGAUGAAAGAAUAAGCAUAGAAGGUCUAUCCCAAAAACUUAGCAUGACGAGCGCAGAUGUGGAACAUACGUUACAAGCGUUGAAAAUGCAGGUUUAUCAUAAGGGGGAACAUAAGAUGGUUUUACCGACGGCGUUGAUUAAGAGACAUGAGGCGAUGAGGGAGAAAUAUAAGUUGAGACCGAAGAGGGUGAUUGAUCCCGCGAGGAUCGUGUGGAAACCGUUUAAAUUGGUGGAUAGGACUUGGGGGUGGUAG